UGGGCCCGGUCGGGCUCCGGCGCGCCCAGCAGCCUGCAGAGCAGCAGCAGCAGCAGCAGCAGGAGCGGCGGGCGUUGGAGAGCCGUAGGGGCGCUUGCAGGGCGGCCGUGCAGGGAGAUCGGCCGGGCCAGCAGCAGCAGAAGGAGGAGGAGGAGGAGGAGGGUGAGGCAGGACGGCGCGAUGAAGGGUCCCGGGUCGUCGGAGGUGAUCCGCGAGGGCGAGCUGGAGAAGCGGAGCGACAGCCUGUUCCAGCUGUGGAAGAAGAAGCAGGUGGUGCUGAGCGCGGACAGCCUGCGCCUCUUCUCGCCCGAGGGCGGCGGCAGGGCCAAGGCCAAGGAGCUGCGCUUCGGCGCCAUCCAGAAGGUGGACUGCGUGGAGCGCACGGGCAAGUACGUCUACUUCACCAUCGUCACCACGGACCGCAAGGAGAUCGACUUCCGCUGCCCGGGCGAGAGCUGCUGGAACGCCUCCAUCACCCUGGCCCUCAUCGACUUCCAGAACAAGCGCGCCGUCCAGGACUUCAGGAGCCGCCAGGAGGCCGCGGAGCAGCAGCACCACGCUGCCGUCGCCGCCGCGCCCCCGACCCGCCACAGGCGCCUGGCCAGGGCCCCCUGAGCCCCCCACCCCAGGCCGCACACCCACGCGCGCCCGGCCGGCCGGGCAGGCACAGCCCAGAUCAUAUUUCUCUGUGUUAAAGAAGAUCAAGACUGGAUUGGAACAGGACACCAAUGAAGGAAAUCAAAGGAGGAUGUUCCAAAUGGUUAAGAGUUCUUCAGCUCUGAAAAAGGCUGCUGAGCAGAGCUGCCGCAUUUCUCUUGAAAAUGCAGAUACAAACUGAAGACUUUUUUUCAAAAUGGCAACAGUCUGGCAAAUUGAAAGUUGAGCGUGUAAACUUGUUACUUCAUUUUUAUUUAUAGGAUACAAGGACUAUAUUCCAUAAUAUCUCAUGGGAAAAAACAUUUAAAUUAUUUGUAGUAUCUGUAUUUUAUAUUUAUUUGAAUGAAUGCUUUUUAAAGAAAUGUCUGUUUUAAGGCUGCUUUUUGCACUAAUGUGUUCAUUCCAAAUAAAUUACUUGAAGUGUUUGUUUUCUACUAUAAUAUGGAGGUGAAUUGUUUUCAGUUUCUAGUUGGUGCAAACUGUUGAGAAUGCUGUCUAAAUCUAACCUUCCAAUUGGAUAUGCUGCUGUACAAUAAACAUGCAGAUUU